ACAAAAAAAUAUCAGCUGUAUACAGUUCCAUUUGAGCAUUUGAACAAAGUCUCAUCCAAAAUUUGCAUGGAAGUUUUUUGUUAAGAAACUUCACUUAAAAAUGGAUUUACGAAGUUUAAAAGAUAAGUACAAAAUUAACCGAAACGAGAAUAAUCCCUGGAUUCGAAAAGAUUUAGCCGUUCUGCGUCCUCAACUUGGAUCUGGAUAUUUUGGAAACGUUUGGAUAGCCAGACAUACACGAGAUUGGCAAUAUUAUGCAGUUAAGCAAGUUCACAUGGACAGAACUCUGGACACUUUUUUGAAACGGAAUCCCAAACAAAGUUAUGCAUCCGCUCUGGCAAAACUGGAAAGAGAAGUGCACAAUCAACAAAGUGUCAAGAGCUGUUUUGUUACGAGAUAUCACACAUUUUGGUAUGAAGAUUGUGACGAUAGUGACCACCAAUCGACAGAGCCUACUCCUCCCCUCGGAGUUUCAAAACCUAAGACUGAUCUCCCCACAUUUCCCACCGAAAUCAACCCAGCGUCAAUUCCAUCCAUCGCUUCCAGCACAUUUUCUACCUGCGCAGAACUCACCAACAAUUACAUGUUCAUCUUAAUGGAAUUUUGCAAUGGGGGAACCCUCGCCAAUUUCUUAGCGACACAAUCACGGCCACGAAUUAUUUCCGAAAUUCCUAAAAUCUUCACCCAUCUUUCCAAAGGACUUGCCGAAAUUCAUCGUUUGUCCAUUAUUCACCGGGAUUUAAAACCAAAUAAUAUCUUUUGCAGUAAAGAGUACGACUGGAGUGAUUCCUUCAUUUGGAAAAUUGGCGAUUUUGGACUUUCCACGAGAAAAGGGUUGGACGAGGAGGUUUUAGAAGAGCACGAAUUUUCACAAGGUGGUCAACACAUUUAUCAAAGCCCAGAAAUGGAACGGGGUGAACCAUACGAUGAAAAAAGUGACGUGUAUUCGUUAGGGUUAAUUUUCAUGGAAUUAAUUUUGUACUCAAUUUCUAAAGAUGGGACGACUAAGGGUGUGAUUCAAUCCAAAUUGAAGGAAGCAAAUCAGCUUAGUCUUACGCAGAUUUGUGACCCCACAAUUUCUAGAUUCGAAUCUAUUGUGAAAGAAAUGAUUGACCCAAUUCCAUCCAAAAGACCGUCUGCUAAUCAAGUUUUUCACAAUUUGGUUCACCCAUUAAAAUUUCAUACUCCUAAAACCAAGUUGUUCGAGGGUGUGGCGUUUAGUGGAAGGGAGAUUGAAAUGGAAAUACUACAAGAGAAUUUUACCCAAGAAAGUAAAGAUGUCUCCUUGAUCUUUUUAGACGCAACGGCAGGUUCGGGCAGAACCGAAUUUUUGCUACAAUUUCUUAAAAGUAACGAGCCAAAUAUUAACACUAUUUGGUUACAAGGUGGACAUAAUGGCAACUAUAUCACAGAAGACGUAUUAUCCCUAGCUUCAGAACUCGAUGUAGUUAUCAAGAAACAUGGCAGGUUUUUUGACGUAGACGAUAAAGACAAGAAUGAGAGAACAAUUUGGGUCAGGAUUUUCAUGGCACUGACAGAAAUAAAUAAUUACCCGAUCGUCAUUAUAAUUGAUGAUGUACACGAGUUGUGCAAAGUAAAAUAUAAUAUUGAAUUAAUUCUUAAAGCGAAAGAAGCUUAUAAUGAAUUAGGAUUGAAGCAAUUUAGAAUUUUUUUCAUUAUCGUUACAGAUUUGAGUACAAGUAUUUUCUUAAAUUGUAAGCGUUGCAAACGUUUCUACCAACGUUUGAAAAAUGAUGAGAAAGAAUUCGUUGAAAGAGUUGAGCUCCAAAGUUUGUGGGUGGAUGAUGAAAAUGGACUCGAAUUUUGGAAAAAUAUCAUGCCAAGUGAUCAAGAUCUGCUUGAAGAAAUCGGAAAAUUGCUGAGAUAUCAUCCAGUAACGAUGAAAUUAGCGUCUAUUAUAAUUCCAAAUUUUUAUCGGGAAAAAUAUUCCGAUUUUAUAAAGGAUAUUGACGAAGGUUUGGCGAAGUUAGAAAAAAUAUCUUACGCAUAUUGGACUGGAUUUAUUCAAGAUAAGCCUCCAUUUUUUAUUUGCCCUGCUUGGACACAAAAUGAACGCAUUUUGGUCGUUGUUUAUGCAAUAUUGUAUGAUAAAUGGUUAGAGGAAAAUGUCAAGUAUUUCAUACAAGUUUUGUCAUUUUUAGAUUUGCAUGGAGUUGAUAAAGAUGUUCUUUUUUUGAUUGUGAAACGAAGUGGAGAAAAAUUAAACGUUUUUGAGGAAUUUCAUAAUGAUGAGUUUAAACAUCUAUUGGCAACGGCUGAGUCGUGCGAUUUGGUAAGGCAUGUGCAAAAUGGGAACAUUAUUUUACGCGAUUUAGUCAUGAAAUUUGUUCAGCUGGAUUUGAUUGAGAGUGGAAAACAAAAAGUGAUUUAUAACGUUCUGCUGGGAUGCUUUGAUUUGUCAGAGUGCGGAAUGCUUAAAAGUUUUAAUUACAUUUUGAGAGAAACUGGGGCAACUUCUUCAUUUGUUUUUGGACCACCUAUCCCUCGAUUUUCUGAUUUCCGAUAUGACGGGGUUGGCGAGUAACUUAACUUUAAUUAUUUUGUAAUAUUUGUAAAACACUGUAUGCUGCACAUGUAACAAUAAAAAUAUAGUAAACUAA